AUCUCCCUGAAAGAGGUGGAACUGCAAUUUUAGUCAUGCAACCACAGCCCAGUCACUAUCUUCAUUCUAUAUUCCCUUAGCAUCAUCGUGCCGACUUCAAUUAAAUUUCAUUACCGUUUAAUUUCGUUAAUGACAUGAGCUAGCAUAGCGGAUGUAUCCCUCUUUGUGCUUGUGCAAAACCUGAUGUGACUACCAAAAUUUACAACAUUGCGAAAACAGGUUCUGCGUGCAGAAUAUGAUGUUAUAGCAACUUCCCGAGGAGCACUAUGAGUACGAUUGAUCUGCUCACACGGGUGAACGGUGUCAUCAAAAAGUAUGAAAAAUAUGAUACAGACAAUAUCAGAGGACCAGAAAUUGCUAGCCACGAUUACUUUCUAAGGCUUUAUAAGAGUAUUGAAGAUGACCUAAAUGGUGCCUUGAAGAAAGCUGCCGAGGCGGAGUCUGAAAAAAACCGAGCUGUCAUAGCCACACUCAAUGCGGAUCUCCGUCGGACCAAAGCUGCAUUGCGCAGCGAGCUUCCGAAGCUCCACAAGCUUGCCGCGAAGAAGGUGAAAGGGGUACCACCAGAGGAAAUUCUUACUCGACCCAACAUGGCGUUAGCCUUAUCUGCCAGAAUUGAGGAAGUUCCAGAUGGGGUCAGCGUAAGCAAGAAGAAAGUCGCCAAGGGCACGCCCCUUGAGAUAAAAAUCGAUAACUACAGCCCCGAGGACAUUCUUCGGCAAGGCGUCAAAGAUCAUUCCGUUGAGUCGAAGGGUUUUCAAGAGGAGUUUGAGACUCGUAGGAAAAAGCAGGAUGAAGGAUUUAUGGCGAUAGAGCAGGGCUUAAACACCCUCAAGGAUAUGGCUCAAGACAUUGGUGAGGAAUUGAACAAGCAAGAACAGCUAGUGGACGAAGCAGACUCCAAGAUUGACAAAGCAGGCUCAGAUUUGAAGUCCACGAACUCCAGACUCAAAGAGAGCCUGACAGCGGUAACUGUACAAGUCAUUGACACACUGUUAUCUCUGCCAUUGUCACGUCUCCCAGAUUCUGCAACUCUCUCUCUCUCCCUCUCUCUGUGGUCUUGCAGCCUGACGCCACACCAUGCAUUCAAAUGGUCACCAGCACUAUACAUGUUCAAAACGGUGACUGAAAAACCACCCCUCAAACCUAUUCACUACUCCACAGGGAGUUUUGUUUGCCAGUAACUGAAGUGAAUGUGAGCUCUGUGCGUACAUGUGAGAGUGAUGAGGAUCCAAUGAAGUCUACCUUGAGUGUUGCCUUGCAGAUGAGGUCAAGUCGCAAUUUCUGCGUUGAUGUUACACUGCUGGUAAUUAUCUUGGGCAUCGCUGCGUAUCUUUACAAGUUUGUCCCGGCCUUCUCUUGGAUGUUGCAUCCCCCUUUGCAUCUCACCCAUUGUUGUGAGCUUGAACUGAACUUUGCAGUUUUGAAGCUUGACUGAGAGCUUGCAAUGGUUCCAUGCUUUUACAACAUUCAUGUCCUUGGAGCUCUCCCAUUGCUAGUGUGCUUGAAGUGUGUUCCUUGCUUGAUUGUUUUGUUGUGAGUAAACUCACUCUCUCUUGUGCUGCUUCAUGGAUUUGCAGGGCACUGAAGAAGUGACAGCUUGGUUGGUGACAAAUUUGCAGGUGUUGCAGCAUUUGGUUCAGCAGCACCACAUGGACUUGCUUUGCUCAUGUUUGCAUGUGCCUUCUAACCCACCUAGACUAUCAUCUCAUACUCCUGGUGUGAGAAUAUGAGUAAACUGAGGAUUCUGUAGCAAGUUCUAAUAUUUCAUAUUAUGUGAUAAUAUCGUGGUUUUGUGAAACUCGCUUAGAGACUAAGGAUUUUCUAAAAUUAAGGUUUUCUUCAAACAAUGAAUUAAGGUGAAUAUGACAUUGAUGGAGUGUGAGUCACAAGGUUAAGGGGAAGAUGGAGAAGCUAUAAUUGACCAUUUUUUGGUUAUACCAAUUUGCUAUUUUGUAGUCGUCCUUAAAUCAGUUCUUCUUGCUCUCAAAAAUGAUGUUUGUCAUUUUUGGGGGUUCUGUUUUCUUUUUCAUAUAUUUUCUAUGGAAAAUUUAAGGCUGCCAUUUUUAAUGUUAA